AUGGAGAAAAUGGAUGUGUACAGAGAUGAUGAGGCAGAAGACGAUGAAGUUGUAGAAGACGAAGAAGAAGAAGGAGAAGGAGAAGAAGAAAUGGAUGACGAGUUGGUAGCCAAUGGAAGUGAGUAGUUUGAAUGGCGCGGUGAAUAAAAUCUAGACCGCUUUUUAGGCCUUGAAGCCGAAGAAGUUGAAGGAGAAGAAGAAGAAGAAGAGGAGGAGGAGGAAGAAGAAGAAGUAGAAGGAGAAGAAGAGGAAGAAGGAGAAGAAACAGUGAUAAAGCUGGAAGAGCUGGAAGUGACGCCGGAGCUAGAAGGAGACGUGGAGCUCGAUGAGACGGAUAAUCUGGAGUCGAGAGAGGAGACGCCGGUGCAAGUAAUAGUGAGUUUUCCCGAGUAUUUUGUGCUUUAUUAAUUUGAAAAUUCUCGUUAAAGAAAAAGCCUAAACGGUCGAAAAAGAAGAAGCGGAAGCGCAGCUCAUCCGAAGAGUCGAUGGAAGACGACGACGAGGGAAAUGAAGGUGAGCAGGCUUCUGAGCCAAUCGAUCGAUAAGCCACCAAUUCAGCCGCUCCUCUGUCCGCCAAGAACAAGUCGAUAAACGUGGGCGAAGAGUUCCAAGCCGUCGUGCCGGAAGAUAUCGAUCCGAGCUACUCGCAAGACCAUUCGGACCCCGAUCAAAAGUUGUGGGAGACGCCCGAAGACGUGGACGACGAGGCGUUGAGCGAAUACGUCAGAGAAGCUUCCGAACGCUUCAAAGUGCCUGUUGACCAUGUGCGUAGCCACGUGGAAUACCCUAAUAAUAGCAGGUUUUUGUAGGCGUUGCGAAUUUUAGCAUUGGAAAACAUGAACUACGAAUCGGCGAUGGCGAUAAUCCGCCAGAAGAAGGAGUGGCGCGACGUGUUCACGCACGACGAGCGCAUCGCAUUCGAGAACUGCUACAUGGUGUACGGCAAGAAUUUCAAGCGGAUUCGCCUAAUGGUAUGGUCAAACAUAAAAAAAGAGAAGCUGCUCUCCAACUCGCUAUAAUUUCAGCUGCCGCACCGCUCGCGCGGCUCCCUCGUCCAGUUCUACUACAGCAACAAGAGCCGUCUCGCGUACAACAAAUUCGCAACCGGCCAAUGCGAGAGCGACAGCGAAGAAGAAGAAGAGGUGGAAGAAGAUCCUUUUCAGAUCCCAGACUCGAUUUUCGAGAAUAUGUGCGAGAAUUGUGGCGAGGAAGCGGAAAUGCUCGAGGAGAAUGCGGAAAUGGGGCGGAAAGAGUGCCGCGCGUGUCACUUGUACUUUGAGAUCACGAACAGUCCCCGGCCGACGACGCUCCGUUGCGUGCUCGCGCGGAGAAUCAAGAAUAUCGUGGCGUGUCCGGAGGGUCCGUACGAAAGAAAGUCGCCCAUCAAUCAAUCGAAUACUUUGCAGAAAUGACGAGGUACAUGCAGAUUUACGAGCGAAUGGCCGAAGAAGCGAGCGGAUCGACGUACACGCGGAAAAUGGGAAAAGAUCAGCGAGUGCAGGACAUCACGACUGUGAACACGACGAUCCGCUCCCUGGACAAACCAAUUCAGAUAAAUGUGCUCGUGAAUUCUGCGGUGCCAGCAGAAGUCGACGAGUCACUGAACACGCCGGAAAUCGCGAGAGAUUCGGAAGUUUGUGAAAGUUCAAAGACUCCCGAACGGCCGGAAACUCGUGGCAAUUCAGAAGAGCCAGAAAUUCAGUGCAAACCGGAAUCUCCGGGAUUCCCGACCCGAGAGAUCUCGCGGCAACCUUCUGAGCAACCACUCAAAUCGCCGAAAAGAGAAGAAGCUGACGCUCUAGAUGGCUUUUUUGAUCAAAUCGCCAGAGAUAGACGUGCGGAUUCAGAUACUCUCGCCGAGAUGCCAAAUUUUGCCAGGUAUCUUUCGAGACAUUCGGCGCCGCCUGCAAUUUCGGAACCUCUGAAAUUUGGAAAACUCGAAGACAGCCGUUCAAUUCUGAAUCUCGACGUCUACCGGGCGAUGACUUCGGUGUGCAUGGAAGAAAUGGAGUGCGUUCCCGGCUUUCCCUUCCUCUUAAACAUGCUCUUUCUUUGCAGUGUGCUCCACGACGACUCCCGCCGGAAGCUGUUCGAAGCGUGUCGAGCGGAAAGCCGAAUAAACUUGCGUGAAGUGGCCAAGUGGAAGGCCGAAAUGGAUCAUUUGAGGUGGCGAAUGGAACGGAUGCACAAGGACGUCGACCUCAGUCCGUCGCUCGUGUUCUCCAAACAUCGCGUGCGGUACGCGCAAAUGUGGACCGAUAGAGAACAGGAGGAUGUUGUGAGAUGUAGGCGGAGAAGCUCUCGGAGCUCCGUACGAUUCUAUUCUUACAGGCUUCCAUUGGUACGGAAAAGACUUUGAGGCGGUCGCCGAUGUGAUGGGCACCAAGAAUCCGCAUCAAAUUGCCACGUUUUACAAGGAAAACGUUGAAGUUAUUGAAAAUGUAACAUUCGCCUCAUUUCUCCGCUAAACUGUAUCUAUUCAUUUUCAGUCAACGAAACAAUAUGAAGAGAGAAUCAAACAGAUGAUGGAGACAAACACCGAUGAGCAAAAUGAUUCCAAGCUCCCGAAUCAGUUUUAG